CCUGUUAUUGGGCCCUGAGGACAGGGUUGAUAACCACUGGCAUAGGCAACCAGCCUACUGUCCCUCCUGGAAUGCCGGUAUCCCUAUUGAGCCCUGGUAUCUCUACGACUCUGGCCUAUGUGAGGGUGCAAUUAAAUUGAACACAAAUAGCCAAAUUGCAAAUAUUGCCGUUUUUGGCAUCUAAAACAACCCUUUUUGUCAGAAAUAAAAAGGGAACCUUUUUCAACUAUUUUCUCAUUGGUCAGCUCUGAUCAGUAAAUCUAUUUUUUACUUUAUUUCAUUGUGUAUAUUGGACGAUGUUUAACUUCCACACCGAGGUCUCUGUCACAGGGAAUAAUACUGCCAUUGAUUUAGCAGUUUAAUCCAUUCAGAUGUGGAGUUAUGCAUGUGAAUAAAUGGAGCCCCAACAACACCACCAUCUUGUGACAUCUGGUUCAAAACCAAAUUAUGUGUUCUGCCAAGUGCCUUCUUUACGGUGGCUUUAGGGUAGUUGAAUUCUAAGAGCUUGUUCCUCAUCAGAUUGAUCUGACGAUUCCUCUGUAGUGGAGUGCAGAAGGCCAUGUCCAUUGAUUGCGUGGAUUGUCUGUCCACUAAUUUACAUUAUAAACAUACUCUUAGAAAUACACUUUCAUACGUCUGUUUUCCAGGUAGGUGUUUGGUGUAUUCCUAUGGUUAGAUUUAGAGCAUAAAUUAGUGCAGAUAUAUACCUUACAAAUCCUUUAUUGUCCCUGAUAGCAGCCAGGCAUUUGUAUAGUACUGUACACAGUCCUGUGAUUUUCGUCAGGAAGAUUUAUUUCAGUGACGAGUGCAGUCAUUUAUUAAUCUCAUCCACUCCCUCAGACACACUGACAUUUACAGUAUGUGUUGUUGUAACUAGGCUCAGAUCUGUGUUGCUGUUUAUGGGCAAAUCCUGAGCCAUUCUAGCAAUAGGCAGAUACUUUGUACUUUGAUCGUGCACAUUGCGAUUAUUAUAUGAUAAGUUGGCUUGGGUAGCACGUGCUGCUCAUACUCCUACAUGUGACUUUAAACGGCUCCAUGGGGAUCCUCUGCACCGAUGGACACAUUUUGUGACGAAGAUCUGUCACUAUUAAUGAGAUACAGGGCACCAUACUGUAUAGGACGUCUCAUACAUGGACCUCCCUUUAGCAGAACAAGGGGAAAUGAGGGAUAUGCCUAAACUUGUGCAAAUCGUAAACCAAGACUCGUCCAGGAUGUCAUCAUCUAGGACUUACCAGUCCCCGAAGAGCUCGAAUUCCGGACCUUCCUUCCUGAAGAUCCGCUCUCCGUUUGCAUCUUUGUUCUCUUUUAGGAAGUCAAAGCAUGAAGUGAAACUCCCGGCACAAAACGAGAGAUUCAACAUCUUCUCAACCUUGAACCGGCCACCUCCAAACACUGAGCCAGUGAAAAAGAAGUUUGAAAUCUACCAGUCAGCAAGAAGCGUAAAACAGAUCGCUGGCUUUUUUGAGUCCCAACAGAAAAAAGUGAAUCAAAAUAUCCCAUCUGAUGUGCAGCUGCAGAGAGAAGCUUUCCAAGUUUUAGGAGAUCUGGACCAAAAACUUGCCCAAGAACAAAGUUGCAGCCACCCAUUGAGGACUAGCAUAGCAUCAACUUAUAAAUAUGGCAAUACAUACAGCACGGAAAGCUCACACCACCAUACAUCAGACUCAAGGAAAGAAUACAGCACUUUAUCCUCUCAUAAUGCAAGAAAAAAAGUCUCUUUGGGAGAAACGCAUACCACCCACGCCACAUACCAGCCAAGGAGGUUUUACGAAAUGUACUCAAUCAGGCAUCGGUCAACAUCACAAUCGGAAGCUUACAGCAAGAGUAUCUAUGAUAACAGCCCCUCUUUGUGCUCGGAUACCCACCGUAAACCACCAGGUUUUGUACCCAUCUCUGGGAAAUUUUCUUCAAGCAGCUUGGAUUUACCAUCAGCGAACUUAAAACAAGAGAGGAUCAAACUUCACAAGCCCAGAAGGAUACCCAUCACCUCAAUCAGAUGGAAUACAUCAUCAGCUUCUAGCCAACCUGAGGUGUCCGAAAGACCUUUUCGAACACGGUCUGCUCUGGAUCUUACAAAUUGCGGUAACACUUCUCAGCACAAUCGAAUAUUUGAUCUUUACAAUUCCAACAGAGUUACUUCUUCGGGCUCUAAUGAUUUUCAUAAAGUCAAUUAUCAAAUUGACUUGACAGGUAGAUCAUCUCAAAACAGUUCAAAUCAAUCCCCCACUGGAUAUUGCACAACAGACUCUGGUCGGCAUGGAUCCAUAACCAAAUUUGUGACACAAACUAACAGCCACUGGGAGGAAGAGAACAAGGAAAAUUCUUUUACGUUAAACAAAGUCACAAGCCAACCACCUUCUUGUGCUAGGACUAAAACAGACAAGGAUACAGAACCUAUGGACAUUUUACAUGAACAUCCAGCACUAGAUAAUCAUGUUUGUAAGUUACAGGAUCAAGUAGCAGACUUUAUUUUCACAAGCAAUAUAUCUGAUCCACAUGCUUUGAAUUCACAAACCGAGAACAUCUUUACUAAUACGGAUAUUUCAGCAAUCGACACUGAACCUUUUAGAGAGAAUUUGGAUGUAGGUCAGAACUUUCCUGUAGACUUCACAAUCGCACAUGAAACUGAAAUAAAAACAAUAGAACCUGUCAAGACACAUUCUGGUGGCCUACCGGAAUUGGAACCUGUGGAAGUUGAUGUUCCAAAGGCUUCACUUCAAUCUACAGUGAAUUUUUCAUCCACUGCUGAAGACUUGAGAAUCAACACUGAACCUUUUAGAGAGAAUUUGGAUGUAGGUGAGAACAUUCCAGUAGACUUCACAAUCAUACAUGAAACUGAAAAAAAAACAAUAGAACCUGUCAAGACACAUUCUGGUGGCCUAUCGGAAUUGGAACCCAUGGAAGUUGAUGUUCCAAAGGCUUCACUUCAUUCUACAGUGAAUUGUUCAUCCACUGCUGAAGACUUGAGAAUAGUUGGCAAGAGUAAUCAAAAAGACACUUCUCUUCUAUCUAUACAAAACCAUUCAUCUUAUACUGGACCUUUGUUCACUAACCAGGACAAAGCAACGUUUUCAUUUCAAAGUUCUAAACAUGUAUUUGAACCUAAUAAUAUAAAGAAAGAUUAUUCUCCUUUUACAAAUGUGUUUACAUCUUCAAAACCCAUUGGUGGGAGUGAUACAACUUCAAAAAAACUCUCCACUGAUAUUGCUGAAAGACUUUUAAUGCUGAAAUCAAGACGGGGCUCAAAGGACAAUAACUUAGAAGGGUAUAGGUCUGAUAUGCUGAAGCAUCAGAAAAGAAAUGCAUCUUCACUUCCAGAUUUAAUUGAUAAGGAAAAUGAGCAAUGCUUCUACACAGAUGACGGUUCCCCAUCAAUCAAAAAUAGCUCCUUAACCUCUGUUUCCAACACAAAAUUGUCUGAUAAUGCACGCAUUAUGUGUUCAGGAAACCACUUCAGUUCCCAGAAUUUCACAAGCCAGAUUGAAGAUCCAAACUUAAUAACUUUGGACUCUCUAGAAACAUUAAAUAUGUGCUCUUUUGAUCCAGCGAUUGACAGAACAUCAAAAGAAAAAGAUAUCCCAUUGCUGGAAAGGGUAUCAUUCUUGACAGACACUGUAACAGAAAUUGAUGGUACAAAAGCCUUACAUAUGCCAGAGACUGAUCCUCCUAAUUUAGACAUAUAUCAAAGGUAUAAAGCAUUGUAUGUUAAUAAUCGGUCAAAUUAUGUCCAGCGUGGAGCUGAUACAAAUAACAAUAGAGCAUUUUCCAAAACAGUACAAACUCCUAAGGAAUGUAGUGAAGCUGAUGGCUCUAACAGUGUGUUUAUUUCAGUAGAAAAUCAACAAAAUAUUGAUAGAGGAACACAAGAUGUAGAAACUGCAAAGGAAAUGUCCCAAAACCAUUUGAAUCCACAAAGAACUAACAAGAUAACUAAAAUCAAUGAGCCUCCCAGAAUUCAAAGCAUAACUAUCAUUCCCAACAGACAGAUUGUGGAGGAGCGCACAGAUAAAAAGUCCUCAAACAUACUUAAAAAGCCGUUGCGCCUGGCACCAGAGCCAUACAAAAAGAGUGUUAAUACCAACGAGGACACUAACCCCCCGUUUUCUGGAGGUGGGCUGAAGCCAAACAUUUAUACUUGUAAAAAUCUGUCUGAUGAUAUCGGAUCUGUAGAAAUCAACACCAUUUCUGAAAUUCAACAAACAUCCAAAACAUACAGUUCUGAAGGAGUAACGGAAAGAACUCAAAUUUAUGAAACGUGUUACACAGAUUCCUCAAAGCCUGAUGUUGAUACUGUUGAAUAUCAUAAGGUUGUUUCAAUCUAUUACACCUUACCUCGUAAAUUUUCUAAAAGACAGUCAGAAGUAUCCCAGAAUAACUUGAAAAACAUUGAUCAGACUCUUGAAACUAGUCGAGCUCCCAGCGCUCUUUUGGAGAGGAUAUUAAAUAGGUGCUCAGAAGCUGAAGAAAACCAUGACUUCAGUUACCAAAAUAAGGGAAAAAUAUCACCGUCCCAAUACACGCCUGAAAAUGUAUUGACCAAAGAACUGGAUUCAGGUGAAACUCCUUUAAACCAACAGCAUCUUUUAAAUUUUAAUCUCAUUCCUUUGCAAACGAAUCUAAUGAAUAAGAAUAACACACCCUUUCCUGGUGCAGGAACAACUCCAACUGAUUUCAGUUUGACAGACCAGUUCAAUUUGGAGGACCAGUUUAGUUCUUUGCAUAUCUCUGAGAGUGGUUGUGGUCACAGAGGUAAUGACUUAAAGAUACAAAGAAAUACCACAAACCAAAAUGAAUAUAGUCCUACAAGAACUUCGCCCCGGCAUAACCAAAAUACUUUCUACACCUUACCAAAUAGGAAAUGUAAUCUCCAGGAUUUGGAGAGAAGUAUUCUUGAGAAUGAUGUUGCUAUGGCACGUGACAGAUGUAACGUAUAUUCGAAAAGAGAAGACACAUUUCCUAUAACUCCAGAAAUCCAUGAUGUCAUUUUAUCACCAACAUUUGGUUACGAUAAUCUUCAUUUUACUGGAGGUUGCAAUUCAAUUGACUAUCAGCAAAGGCAAGUGAAUAAUAUCCAUAAUUGUGUGGAAAAAGAAGAUAGUUUGGCCAAUAAAGAUUCAUUUGGAGGUGGAGUAAUUUACAGAGAAGAUAUUCCAUCAUUCUAUAAAUCAAAAAGUUCAAAUAGACGUGAAUCACACCAUGCAAAAGACACCUCACCAAGCAUGGAAACCAAACUCAGUCCACAAUCUCAAAGCCAGCCUUAUGCUACUAGACCAUCUUACAACUCCGAAUUUGUCCAGAAGAAAAUGAAACCUAUAAAUGCCAAGAGGUUUACUUUUUCCUUUGACAACAAUGGACAAAGAGAAAACAGCAACUCUCGGUCAAGUGAAUCAUUUGGUGAAUGUAUUGGGCAGUCUGACGUUGAUUCACCAUCUGUAUUCCAUUCACCAAAGGGUAAUUAUUCUUCACAUGUAGACAGACAUUAUUAUGGACAGGGAAGCUUAGCUGAGGGCAGAACUUCUCAAUCUUCCAAUAUGUAUCGCUCCAAAAGUUUGAAAAGCGUCAAUCAUGAUUACAAAGAGGAAGAGGUUGAAAUCAGAAGAAAAAGUGAUGGAAAUUUUUCUUCGAAAAGUUAUGGUGGGAAUAUGAAAGGUAGAAGUCCUUCAGGCAUCUACUGUGACAAUGGCGCACUUAACAGGAUACAUUCAGCUGAGAUUAUUGAUGAGAAUGAUAAUUGGCCAGAUAGCAGUAUGGGCAAUGAAAAAACACCUGUAUACACUGCUAAGGCUGUAGACUAUGGAAUUUUCGGAAAGGAGCAACAGGAAGCACUUUUAAAUAAUGUAAAGAGAUCACUUACUGAAGGCAGGUUAUGGAGGCCAAGUUUUCUAAAAAAUCCAAACUCCUUGAGGAAUGAGGACUCUUAUCAAACAGGCUGCAAGCCUGAUGAUGAUCUGAAAGCCACUCUAAACAUAUAUGAGGGCGUGGUCCCUCCCAAUUCAGAAUCGGAUACUGAUACAACAACUGAUGAUGAAUAUUACUUGAAUGAAAACGACAAAGAAUCUGAAUUGUGAAGUCCUUCGGGAUUAGAACCGAGACAGUAUUGCUGCUUUUUCAGACUAAACACUGGCUUUACAUGAAAAAAUGUGUAAAAUAAUUAUUUUGAUAUAGUAACAUUUUGACAAUUUGUUUUAUUAAAGCGCAUUAUGGAAGGUAUCUUCUAAAUGCCAACUGCAUAUGUCAAUUUCAAGAAAUAUAUAGCAUAAAUAUAUGGUGCCAGCUAUGGUUUUAGGUUUUAAGCAAGAUACGUAAAAGAAAUAUGAAAGUAUCAACCUCAUUCUUGUGAUUUGCAAAUUUUAAGGAGCUAUGCCAUGUUCUUUUUCUAACGCUACCUGUGCCGGUGAAUGGCAAAAAACAGCUAAUUUACACAUUUUAUAAGCCUUAUUAGUGCUGGUAAGAUAUGCGUAGUGAGGUAUACCUCUAAAAUUAACAUUUUAAUGCAACAGCCCAGCAGGAAUGGUUUUGGUUUUUCUGAUGGCUACUGAAACCUCUGAGUAAUGAUGAAAUGCAAAGCCAAAAUUAUAUUUAUCAUGAAACAAUGGUCAACGCAUCAGCUCUAGGCACAUAUUUUCAGUCCCUUGUUAUGGUGUUUUUUUUUCUGUUUUUUGUUUUCAUUGAAAUGCAUUUUUGAUACUAUUAUGCUAAAGCAGGGGUCUCCAAACUUUAUAAAGAAAGGGACAAUUUACUGUGCUUCAGACUUUAGGGGGGGGGGGGGCAGACUGUGCCCAGUGGGAGCAAACAAUGCCCGAUCUUUGGUAUUGGAGGGAGAAAUAGUUGGUGCCGUUGGGAGGAAUAAUGCCCCAUUUUGGUUGUCAGUGAAAGGAAUUCUACUCCAUUGUUUGUGUCAGUGAAAGAAAUAGUGCCCUAUUGUUAGUGUGCGUGGCAGGAGUUAUGCUGCAUUGCUGGUGUCAGUGGCAAGAAUAAUGCCUCAGGGGCCAAAUAUUGGCAAGCAAACCGCCACAUCCGGCUACAGGGCUGCAGUUUGGAGACCAGUGUGCUAAAGCAUGAUCGAUCUCUUGCUAGGUAAAAUGUAACUUUUUUGCAAUUGUCAAGUGACUAUGUGCAUACUAUUUUU